UGUUGUGUAUUUUUAGCUGCCGGUAUUUGUGUCUACGCGAAGUAUAAUUACAGUUAAAAGAUGAGUUUCUCUUCGAGGAACUCAUCAUCUAAAGAAGACGAUGUGCUUCAAGACGUUACAAAUCAGUUCUCCAAUUCCAUGUCCAUCGGCACAGUUGACCGGGACACAUAUACCAGGAGAGCGAAAGAGGCCUUCAAGCAGGGAAACCCCGCCAAGGCCCUGGCGAUCCUGCAGGAGGCCCACGGGCAUUUCCCUGACGACAAGAUCAAGGAGCGCAUCCAGAAGCUGAAGAGCUUCCUCAGUCAGAUGGACGCAGAGGCUUCGGACGAGGAGGACGACGAGUUUAUCGAGGUCAACGACAGCGGCUUCAUGCUGAAUAAAACCAUCUACGAGAACCUGUACGACCACCAGAAGGAAGGCGUGGCGUUCCUCUACGGCCUGCAUCGCGACGGGAAGAAGGGCGGCGUGCUGGCCGACGAUAUGGGACUGGGCAAGACCAUACAGGUCAUCUCGUUCCUGUGCGGCAUGUACGACUCGGACCUGAUGCAGCACUGCCUGCUCGUCAUGCCCACCACCCUCAUCACCAACUGGCAGCGGGAGUUCGAGAAGUGGGUGCCGGGCAUGCGGGUCCGGGAGUACCACGGCACCAGCAAAGUGGUGCGCGCCAAGAGCCUGAGGAAGAUCCAGCUCAAAGGUGGCGUGCUGAUCACGUCCUACCAGAUGGUGAUGAACAACUGGGAGCUCCUGAGCUCAGUGGACGGGCAGGAGUUCUACUGGGACUACGUGAUCCUGGACGAGGCACACAAGAUCAAAACCUCCUCCACCAAGACGGCCAAGAGCGUCCACGCGGUCCGGGCCAAGCACCGCGUGCUGCUCACUGGGACGCCCGUGCAGAACAACCUGCGGGAGAUGUGGUCGCUGUUUGACUUUGCCUGCCAGGGCUCGCUGCUGGGCACGUACAAGACGUUCAAGACCCAGUACGAGAACCCCAUCACGCGGGCACGCGAGAAGGACGCGACGCCCGGCGAGAAGGUGCUCGGCCUGAAGAUGUCAGAGAACCUCAUGAGCAUCAUCGAUCCGUUCUUCCUGCGACGGACCAAGGCCGAAGUCCAGAAGGACGACAAGGACGAGAAGAAUGAUCUAGAAGACCAGUCGUCACCAACGUCCUCCGGCGGAGGAGGCGGGCUGGAGGUGCCCUCGCUUCCUGACAAGAACGACUUGGUGGUGUGGACGUACCUGAGCCCCGUCCAGGAGGAGAUCUACAGGAUGUUCAUCUCCAUGGACCACAUCAAGGAGGUGCUGAUGACCACACGCAGCCCGCUGGCCGAGCUGACCAUCCUCAAGAAGCUCUGCGACCACCCCAGGCUGCUCUCGGACAAAGCGGCGCGCGAGCUGGGGCUCUCGGGACCCAACUCGGCCCUGCAGGAGAGCGAGAACGAGAACGCCACGUCGGCCAGCACCAUCGACGGCAUCCCGGACGAGACGCUGAUUAAGGAGUCUGGCAAGCUGGGGUUCCUCAUCGAGCUGCUGGAGCGGCUACGGGAGGAGGGGAACCGCACGCUGGUCUUCUCCCGCUCCGUCAAGAUCUUGAACAUCAUCCAGCGCAUUCUGAAGAACAGAGGCUUCAAGAUGGUGAGGAUAGAUGGCACCGUGACCGAUCUCGCGGAGAGGGAGAAGCGAAUCGGGCGUUUCCAGAAGGACUCUAGCAUUGCCGUCUUCCUUUUGACCACGCAGGUGGGUGGCGUCGGACUUACUCUGACUAGCGCCAAUCGCGUGGUAAUCUUCGACCCGAGCUGGAACCCCGCCACAGACGCCCAGGCUGUGGACCGCGCCUACAGGAUUGGCCAAACGCAGAACGUCAUCGUGUACCGACUGAUCACCUGUGGCACUGUAGAAGAGAAGAUCUACCGGCGACAGGUCUUCAAGGACUCCCUGAUCCGCCAGACGACGGGCGACAACAAGAACCCGUUCCGCUACUUCAGCAAGCAGGAGCUGAAGGAGCUGUUCUCCCUGGAGGACACGCGCUCCUCCACCACGCAGCUGCAGCUGCAGGAUCUGCACUCCAAGCAGCAGAGCACCGACCCCGACCUCAUGCGCCACAUCCAGUACCUGUACACCAGGAACAUGUUCGGCAUCUCCCACCACGACCUGCUCUUCAAGGUGCACUCCGCCGACGAGGACGACGUGCAGGACGAGGAGGAGCAGUACAUCGAGAAGCGGGUGCAGACCGCCGAGAACCUGAUGAAGGUCGAGUCGGAGAUCCAGGGGGAUCUGAAGAAGUUUGAGCAGGAGAACACCGAGCCGCGGUCGCUGAUGCAGCCACCCGUCCGGGCUCAGGGGCGGCAGGGGUCGUUCAAACGGGAGGAGGACCUGGAGUUGUCCCCCACUUAUCACUCUCCUGACGAGGAAGAACCCAUCGUUUUGGAUGAAGUGGAGUCACCCAACAGCAACACCUCUCUUCGAUCGGCCAACACCUCUGCUAAAAAUGACGACGUGUUUGUAUUGGAUUCCUCGAGAACGGAUGAAGUUGAAGCGCUCCAGCCGUACUCCAGAACGGGUGAGGAAAACAACGUUAUCUCUUUGGAAGAUGACGCGGACAUGUCCACAGAGGAAGUGGAUGACAGUGUUUUUAAGCAGGAAGAAAACUAUUCUGGGGCGAAGGUGAACUCUUUCGCUAAUGCCAUCGAGGUAGAGGAAGAAGAGGAGGGUGUAGAAAUGUCUGAAAGAGCGAAAGAUACGUCACUCCGGGGACAGUCUAGCAUUGUGUUAGAUGAUGAUGAGGUUGAGGAUGAGGAGAACAAAAAGUCUCCAAGAGCAAACAUCAGAAAGUCUCCAGGAGAAAAAGACACCUCACUCCAGGGACAGUUUAAUAUUGUAUUAGAUGAUGAUGAGGACGAGGACGAGGAGGAUGUGGAGGGGCACCAAAAGCCUGCAGGAACAAAGGACACCCCACUUGAUGUACAGUUUAGCAUUGUGUUAGAUGAGGAAGAUGAUGAGGGUGACCAAAGGUCUCCAGAAGCAAAGGGAAGCAUCGUGUUGGAUGAAGAAGACGAGGAUGAUAAACAGCCGUCAAGAGCACUUCAACAAGACACCUCUCUCCAAGGGCGAUCUAGCUUCACUGCUGAUCAUGCCAUCUCCACUGUUGAUCAUGCAAUCUCCACUGUUGAUCAUGCAAUCUCCACUGUUGAUGAUGAUGAUAAUGAUGAUGAGGCAGAGGAUGUGGAGGCAUCCCGUGAACACACAAAAGACCAGCUGAUGGAUGAGGGCGACCUGCUCUUCAAGAGGAAAAGGAAAACUUUUGUAAUCCAAAGUGACGAGGAAGAUGAUGAGAAUGAUGAUAACGAUGAAAGUGAUGUCACAGCGGAAGAAACAGGAAAUGCUCCCAUGGAAAGUUCCAGGUUAUCUAUGAACGAAGGGCUAGCUGGCAUGAAAGAGGAGCCCUUGGAUGAGGAGGAGGAGGAAGAGGAGGAGGAGGAGGAAGGGCUCUCCACAAGGAAGAAACAAGGCUUUGUCGUCAUCAGCAGCAGCGAAGACGAGGGAGAUGAUGAAGAGGUUGUGAAGCCCCGGCGAGGUCUCAGGCUAGAUUUGACCAAUGAUGUUGACGACAGUGAAGCAGAUAUGUUGGAAGACACUCGAGACCAACAUCAAAGCAUCCAGGAAGAGGACAUGAGCACUACCGAGGAGAAGAGCGCCUUCCUCACCUACAGCACCGACGAAGAGGAGGAGGAGGAGGAGGAUGCUAAAAGCAAGGUGGCCGGCAAGCACGCUUCUAAAAUGUCCGCUUCCACUCCCUCCUCCCAAGGAAGCUCAAGGAGGGGGGACGGCACCUCUGCCUCAGGGAACGACGACAUCAGCAUGUCCACUGAGAACACAGACCAGCUGGCUGGUGACAGGGAAGACAGCAUCGUCGUCGCCAAAAAGAAAAAGAAGGCCUUUGUGUCGUACAGCAGUGAGGAGGGAGAGGAGGAGGAGGAUGGGGAGGAGGAGGAGGAGGAGGAGGAGGAUGGAGAGAGAGGGAGCUUCCAUCUCUCCACCACCAGCCUCUUGUCCAUGUCCGGAGUGGCGGAUCGCUCAACGUCAUCCGUGGCGUCCAGGCACUCGCUCCUCAACAACCUGAUGGAGAAGUUUGAGGAUAUCCUCAUGGAUGAGGACGAGUACAGUGACGAGAUGGUCGAGAGCGACCAGGAGAAUAUGUUUCAUGGCCUAGACGAAUCUGGCUAAUUGCACAAUUAUUGUACUGGUUAAAAAUGUGUUUGUUCGUUUUCUUUACUUGUUAAUUGUUUGUUUGUUGUUUAUUGAUGUAUUUCUAUUUCUCAACUUGUUCAACGUUUUGAUACAGUUUUUGGUACUUAAUAAAUAACUCUCAUAGAAAUGUUUAUGUAUUAUGUUUGGGUCUGCGUACAGCGUCCCUAUUAUUAAAUUUAAUAAAAAAAUUAUGUAUAUGGA